GGAGGAAGAGGAGGAGGAGGAGGAGGGAUGAGGCGCGCGGCGGAGGGGAAAUGGCUGCCGAAAACAAGCCGGAAGGACUGAAGAAGAUAAGAAAUCCAGAGCGAAUGGUCAGGAUUGCUGUUGGUUACACAGGACACACCCCUCCCAAGAGUGACGACACUGAUGGCAACAAUGAGCCCGGCCAGUUAAAGAUCUACCUUCCUAAGAAGCUGCUGGAGUGUCUGCCCAAAUGUUCCUCUCUGCCCAAGGAGCGCCACCGCUGGAACACCAACGAG